GGCCUUUCCAAUCUUGUUGUUGAUGUCAAAAUAUUGCGCUAUAGCCAUGUGUGUGUCACAAAAGAGAAAGCAUUUGUGAAGGAGCUAGUAUUUCAGCAGGAAAAUUGGCAAGGAUGGCGUGGCAAAAAUGUAUGCAUUUUACUUUCUGAUAGUAGGAGCUGCGAUAUGGGCAUCUUCAUGGGCAGAAAUAUCAUGUUGGAUGUGGGCUGGAGAAAGACAAUCAACAAAAAUGCGAAUCAAAUAUCUACAAUCAGCAUUAGGUCAAGACAUUCAGUUCUUUGACACUGAAGUCAGAACAUCAGAUGUUGUAUUUGUUAUUAACACUGAUGCAGUUAUAGUUCAAGAUGCUAGAAGUGAAAAGGUUAAAAAAACACAACUUUUUGUUGUUUAUUAUGCAAAAACAUAUAAAAAGAAUGUUUUUGUUAUGAGUUUUUUGAGUGAACUGAGAAGUUGAAGGUUCAAUCGCUUCACAUGAGAGAA